AUGAGUCCUACCGCUAUAGGCUUCGUCAAGCUCAAUCUCUUUAUCACUUACGUAGAGAUUUUCUUCACUGAACUUUGGGUCAAAAUAACUUGCGCCAUUGGUGCUAUAAUAUCUUCGGCUUUUUAUACUAUCCAUCUUAUUCUUGCGUUGGCCUGGGGUAUUCCACACAACGGAACACCAUGGAGACAUCAAAUAUUUUCGAAUUCUUCUUUCCGCAUGCAAUCUUUAAGUCUUCCUCGGGGUGUGGUAGGCUUGAUCAUUGAUGUAUAUUCAAUCUUAAUACCUUUAAUUGCUGUCAGUAAAUUACAUCUAACGCCAAAGAAAAAGACUGGUGUUGCAUUAAUUUUCGCUACGGGUUUCAUUGCUAUAAUUGGAUCAAUCCUAAGUGUUGUCUAUCGCUUAAGACUUCACGACAAUGACGACGUAUCAUGGAAUCUUGCAGGUGUCGCACUCGUAAGUCUCAUUGAAAUAUUCCUCGGCAUCUGCAUUGCUUGCACAACAGAUAUCUCAAAAUUCAUCCGCAUGUACAAAGGAAAAUUCAAGAAAAUCGGCUGCUCAUUAGUAUUCUUGUCUCGCUGCAGAAACAUAGGAAGAACCAGAAAGAUCAAAGAAUUGGCCGAAGAAAAAGUAAAUAGCUCGGAGGAGGAAAAAAGUGUUCGGUCAAAAGAACAUGAUCAGAAGACCGUGAAACUCUACCCCGGUCUAGACAUCUCAGAAACACCUCCUGAGCCUUGUUUUAAUAAUUCCCAGCCAUCUCAUCCCGUGGGUAGGAAUGAGAAAUUACGAAGAGUAGUUUUGGCGCCGGGGUUUUGGGUACUUGGUUCUUUUGGUAGUUUGAAAUCUGCAAAGUAG